AUGAACGGCGCGUCGCUGUUGGAUGUCGGGCACGAUGUGCUUGGCACGAUCUUCAAGCUCCUCACCGUCGAAGACCGCUGCAAGCUUGGCGCAACGUGCAGGCAGUGCAUGGAAAUAUUUCUGAGCCCACACAUCUGGGACACAAUUGACUUGCGAAGCCCGCACGGGCAUCAAAUUGGCUGCAAGCAACUGGAGUCGUACUGUCAUUUGGGUGAAGGAAGGCUGCAGACGUUGAUUGUGCAGCAUGCGGUGGCUUGCAGCGUCCUGGAGAACAUCUUGGGCGAUUCCGAGGUCGUGGCAAACCUUCGACACGUCAACCUCUGCGCCACACCGCUGCCGAGUUUUGUAUUCUCACAUCACGCGCAAGUACAAAGGCCGUCUCUGGUGAACAUCGAAAUGGAUCUCCUCAGUCGUCUUCCGCACCUGACCACCCUUGAAGUGAAUGCUGAUGCACUGCUGGGAGUGAGUGAUGUGGUUGAGAUGCCACGUUUGCAGCGGCUGUGUAUUUGGUCACGUGGGACGAGGAGCUUCGAAUUCUCCUGCAACCACCUGCGUGAGCUUGAGCUGCACUUUGCCGAGCACGUGCCAUCAGGCCUGCUGCGCCUCAUUGCUGCACACGCGUCCACCCUUGAGUCUGUCGUCGUCACCGGUGGGCGUGGCGCUGCGGACAUUCAGUCCGCCAUUGAUGCUGCCGAGCAGUUUCCGCGUCUUCACACCAUCGUCGCCACCGCAGACCGAGAGAUUGCCCUCAACAACGUGUUGCGCAACGCUCCCGAGCUCCACACGUGCAUUGCGGAUGGGCGGGUCACGCGUGCACUUCCACCGCGCAUACACACGCUCGGCGGUCGUCUCGCUGGCCCGCUUGCUCCAUCAGCAGCGCGCACCAUCAAGGGGCUGAAACUCCUCAACUCCAGCAUCACCUGCUUGGAAGGGAUGACCAACAUCACCUCCUUUGAGUACAAAAGUAACCCCGCUGGCUGUCGGAGUGAUGUGGACAGCGGCAUUUCCUUUGUGUCCUUCUGUCUCCCCUACUGCAAGCGCUUGCAAGAGCUCUCGGUCACGUUCACGUCGCGCAAAGACAACCUGGACAUUACACCCAUAAUUACCGCCUGCGCGGACACGCUGCGCUCACUGCAUGUGGGCAAGGGUACGUGUGCCUCACUUUCAGACCAGCGGUUGCGGCACCUCACGCACCUAAGCGUUGAGGGCGUCAUCACGGAUGCCAGCGAGGGCUGCACGCCUGUGGUGGAGCGGGUGGUGAUGAAGACGGCAUUCAAGGACGCGACCACGCUCUCAUACGUCCUGUUCGCCUCAACGCAAGUCCAGCACCUGACGCUGCUUCUGGGGCGCGCCACGGCGGAGCAGGUUGACGUGGUUGCUGCUGCCCUCAAGCAGUGGCCGCUACUGAAGGCUGUGCGGUUAUCGGCCUCGCUCGAGUCGCUCUCUGUCCUCGAGACCAUCCACAAGCUUGGUCUCGUGGUGUAACGUGGGGUGUGUUACGUGUAAGUGAGUGAGUGAAUGUGAAGUGUGUGUAAGUGAGUGCGUGUGUGUGUAAGUGAGCGAAUGUGUAGAAACGUGUGUAAGUGAGUGUACACGUGUGUACACGUGUGUACAGGUCUACAGGUGCAGUUGUCUUUGAGUCUUUGACAUCACAUUGUCUCAUCUCGCACCAACCCCUCAAAAACACAAACAAACCCCCCGCCUGUCUCUGCCUUGACGAUCUUCCCAUACGAGAAAUUAUGAAUAUCAUACAUUAAAUUUCUGUACCUCUGGC